GGACAAGAGAGGCGGCGACGAAGAGUAUAAAAACCGACAUACCUCUGUUCAUGGGAGUCCAUUUAGUAUCAUACAUUCGGCAAUCAACAUUGCAAAACCCUCGGCAUCCAUUAAACAUUCGUUUUCCAACAUUCGCUUUAACUACCAUCUACAAAGUUCACCUUUCGCUCCCUCUCGAACAGCUUGUGGUAUCCGUAGAAAGAUAACAACAUGCGUUUCACUACCGCUUCUGUAAUCGCUCUGGCGACUUCCGUUUCUGCUGUAGGAAAUGCAGUUGUAAAGAACAACUGCAACGAGAAAAUCUACGUCAAUUCUGUUGGUAGUUCUGUAGGGCCACAGUCAACUCUUUCUAAAGGCCAAACGUACUUGGAAGUUCUCCAUCGUGACCCCACCGCCGGUGGUAUAGCCAUCAAAAUCACUAAAGUCGAUAGCGGACUCUACUCUGGGGCUCCGCAGCAGAUCUUCUCAUAUUCGUUGGAUGGCGCACAGGUGUGGUAUGACCUUAGUGCUGUUAUGGGAGAGCCGUUUCAUGGAGAACAUGUUACGGUGACGAGUAAUGGGUGUGGGACCAUUGAUUGGCCGAAUGGGUCGAAUCCGGGGGGUAGCCAGGUGAAGGUUUGUGGGAGUGGGAAUGAUGUCGUCUUUACGGCUUGCGCUUGAGUGGGGGAGGGGAGAGAAUUGAUAGGAAGAAGAGGAAAGGAAUUGGGGUUGUGGAAAGAUUGUCGUCGCUAGUUGGUUUAGCUGCCACGUGAAUAAUUCUAGCUCUCUGGCGCUCGGCAGGUCAUUCACUAUCCUGUGAAAAGCCUCUAUGAAGGAUCAGUGAGCC